UCUCUCUCUCUCUCUAGUUUUCCUGUCUCUUUCCUUUCACCCCUUUUGAGUGCCGAGAAAUCGCCUCGUCAAGAUCAGUUCUUUUUUGACACCCCAGUUGAAAUGGGUGGCUCAUGCCUUCAAGGAAUCGAGAAGUUUAAGUUUUGAACUAGCUUGGGUACUUCCUUUUGUACUUGUGCAUAGCCAGCAGAGAUGGAGACUACUAGUCAGGAGCUUCUGAAAUUAGAGAAUAAGAGUUUCUCUUCCCCAUCGCUAGAGUCCACCUUGUUCAUAUGUAAAGAAAAGGAUUCAGACUCUAAAAGAAAACAGCCACUCCACAAUGGAAGGCCAUUAACAAGUUCAGUUCCUUCUAGCCAAGUUCUUGGAAAAGUGAAAGAUUUUCUUGGAGUCCUGUCUGAGGCUAACAAAAAACUGCAGGUUGAAGUCAAGGACAAUCCCAAAAGACAUGACAUUGAAGUUCUUGACGGGAAUGAGUCAGAAAUAAUAGAAAUGGACUUGAUGCUGGGGAUUGCUGAUCUUCAUACCCCGAGGCAGUAGCUGCUGCAGAAUCUGCAGUUGCAAGUCAUCAUCCUCUGAAUCCUUUAGCUGCCAGCAUUGGUGAAAUGGAUUCAGAAGACACUACCGAUGAUGAUGAUGAUGACAGCAAUGAUGGCAGUGAGGAUGGUGAUGAUGAUUGCGGUACUAGCCAAGCAGGCCUUCCUGUAAAGCAUGCAAGAUCUGAAAAUGGCAAAGAAGAUUCACACGGAUCAAUAGGAAGGAAACGGUCAAAAAAGCAACCGCAAAAGAAGCCUGAGAUUGUCGAGUUGUCUUGAUUCUGUGCAUCGUUUUGUUAUUGUAUAAGGUAAUAUGAUAAGUGCAAAGGCAGGAGUUUCUAAAUUUCACUGCUUAGUGCUUUAAUGGAAAUCAAACCCAAGGGCAAUGUGCUAGGAAUGUUGUCAUUUGCUGGAGAUUUCCACUGCCACCCAAACGAAAAAAGGUCAGCCGUGUGUCCGAUUUUGGUAGCAACAAAGAUGUUGCUAUUGUCUGAUCGAUCUUGCUUUUGCUUGUUAGUAGUUCUUUUCUUCCUUUUCAGCAUGGAUGAAAUUUUUGGGAAUAGGUUACACUUGUGUAACAUUGCCUCUUUCUUGACCCUUUUUUUCUAUCCAUGUUCACGAUAUUGAAGAGCUACUUUAAUGGUAUGCAAGCAAAGUUCUUA